ACGACCGGGGACUGGGGGGGGGGCGUCGAAGCUAGCUCCGUGUAGCCGGCCAUGUCGCUCUCCAGUCGGGGUAGGAUAACCUGCUGUGGUCGGUAUACACCUCCGGAUGAUACACUUGUUUGUUGUUGGCAGGCGAGCCAUCUCUUCUUCUUACUUAUUAUUAUGAUGAUUAUUAUGAUUGUUUUCCAUUUCUACCGCGACAACGUGUUCUGAGCUCCUGCUUUAUAACACACUUUGCUUGGUUUUUAAGCCCGCAUUACGAGUGUACCGGGGGGGGGGUAAGCUAGCCAGCUAAUAUGCUAACUAGCGACCGAUUCGUGCUUGUUUUAUUUUGACUUUAUCACACGUCUUCUGCGUAUUUAACGUUGUGGUUGUACAUCCAUGUUCAUUAUACGUCGCGCGCAAUUCACGUAUUUUUUUUUACAUUCGUUUUAACCGUAGCAGUUGCGGCGAUGUGACCGGGGCACGCCAGCCUGGUAGUCCGGACCGCGGCGGUUGUGUGUGGGGUGAGUGUGGUGCCUCCUCCUCCCUCCCCCUGACCGAGCAGACUGGGAGUGUAGACAGUGAAUGUCAUUAUCGGCGCUGUCUGCAUACCAGUGCAGUUGCGAGGAAGAGGAGGAGGUACAGUUCGCAGACUGGACGAGAGGAGAAGGAGGGGGUGGUUGAUGGAGCUUUUAUAUGCGGCGUCCUUGCAGCAGCAAAACGGACACCAGGACUUGGCGUCAGCCGCCCAUUGGUCCAAGUUGUCAAGCUCCAGUGUCGUUCUUGCUUGGGUCGCUCAUGUUGACGUGUUGUGGUCACCGUGGGGCUCCUUUUUCCACAUGAAAACAGCCCACAAACGCCAACCUCACGCUGCGGAAUCAAGGUCGCUGCCUUUUGCGCAGAAGCAGCAGCGGCAGUGCGCCAGUCGUGGAGGAAAAAGCCCCACGAAAAUGUAAAUGUGAGAAGGCGUGCAGCAGGAAGUGGAUGGGAAGACAAGAAGAAGAGGCGUGGAGUUCCACCAUGCAUGCGUCCAAGCAGCAGAGGAUCAGCGUGGCUUAAAAAGAUCAACAAGACGACCCAGGAGUGUUAGAAGAAGCCAGCCAGCAGACAGGAACAAUAACACAGCGUGCAGACAUGGCCAGCACCCAGACCAGCUUGAAAAGCUCCUUCAAAGACUUGACCUCAUUCAAGGGCGGGGUGAAGCGUCUGUACAGGGAGCGCCCGGAGGACGCGCCCAUCAAGAAGCGGGUGAUGGCCGAGAUCAACCUGAAACGCCGCGGCCUGGAUUCCUUCCACAAGACACCCAAGGUGAAGCGGGAGCACGUGGAGGAGCCGCACCACGACGGCGACCUGCAAGCGGCGCCCUCGGCUAAAGCCCUGGACCUGAGCCCGGGGCUCAAACACACGCUGGCCCAGUUCACUCUGAGCAGCCAGAGCUCCCUGGGGGGCCCGGCUGCCUUUUCAGCGCGCACCGGCCACGAGCAUUCCCACGCCGGCAUGCCCCCCCUGCCCUCACCCCCUGUUCUGGGAGGCGGCCCCCUGCUGGUUCCCUGCGACAGCUCCACCGAGCUCACACACUCGCUCCUCGAGGGCGAGUCCAUCUCCUGCUUUGUGGUGGGGGGCGAGAAGCGCCUCUGCCUGCCCCAGGUGCUCAACUCGGUGCUGCGCGACUUCUCGCUGCAGCAGAUCAACACCGUGUGCGACGAGCUCUAUGUGUACUGCUCGCGCUGCGACGCCGAGCAGCUGCACAUCCUUAAGGUGCUCGGCAUCCUGCCCUUCAACGCGCCGUCCUGCGGCCUCAUCACGCUGACCGACGCACAGCGCCUGUGCAACGCUCUGCUGCGCCCUGGGGCCGCCCUGCCCACCGACCUCAGCGGCAAGCUGUCCACGCAGGGCCUGCUGAAGGAGACAGAGGCCGGCUUCCAGGUGGAGCACCAGUGCCUGGGGAAGUGCCAGGGCCUCUUCGUGCCCCAGUUCUACACCCAGCCCGAGGCACCCUGCAUCCAGUGCGUCGAGUGCCACUUGCUCUUUUCACCACAGAAGUUCGUCAUGCACUCGCACAAGUUGCCCGAUAAGAGGACCUGCCACUGGGGCUUUGACUCGGCCAAGUGGCCCUGCUACCUGCAGCUGGCCAGGAAGUACCAGGGCUCGCCCGAGGAGGCCAAGCUCAAGCAGCUGCUGGACGAGGUGAAAGAGAAGUUCCACUACCAGCUUAAGAGGUCGCUCGACAAAAAGGCGGCCGAGGAUGAGGAGGAGAUUCAGGGGCACAAACCCUCGGCGGACCUCUGCCCCCCCAGCGGCAAGUUGGCUGAAGUGGAGCCCACGAGAAAGGAUAAGACGUCUGCAGCGGCUGCGGCAUAUAACCGCCUUUUCUCGGACAUCAAAGAGGAGCCAGGACACCCCACCCUGGUUCACCCCAGCUACUACCUGUACACGUACGAUAAGAUGGUGGCUCCUAACGUGUCUCUGCGGCGGGAGGCGGAGAUGAGCCCCGAGAUGCUGGGAGCGCUGCUGAAACAGCACUACGGCCGCCGGGUGCUGCACCACGACGAGCCCCCCAUGGACCUUCACGCGUCGCCUCCCCUGGCCGCUGCCGCCGAGGAGGCCAAGUCCCAACAUGCCGCCGCCGAAAGGGAAUGCCAAGCCCAGGCAGUUUCCAUGGAGACAAGCAGCCUGAGCGGCAAGAUAGCCGCCCACACCCCUCCUCCUCCACCUCCUCCUCCCGCAUCGCCGCCAGUAACCAGGGAGGAUGCGGGCUGCGGCGGAAGCGUGGCGGUGGAGGACGACAAGGACCGAAUCGUGGUGGAGAUCAUGCAGAUGUACAGCAGGCAGCAGGAGAAGCUCAACUCCACCCUGCACAAACAGCUGCAGCUGGAAAUGGAGCUUGAGGCGCUGCGUGGUGGCGAGGCGGCGCGGCUACGUGAGCUGAGCGCCGAGCAGCGAGAGCUCCGCACCGAGCUGGAGGCGGUGCACAGCGAGCAGGCGCGCCAGCUCGGCCGUGCCCGCCAAGAGCAGCUGGAGCUGGAGGCGCGCCUGGAGCAACUACGCCAGCAAGCAUGUGCUUGCGAGCCGACGGUCCGGCGCCAGCAGGAGGCGCACUACACCGCGCAGUUGUCGGAGCUGCAUCAGAGGCUGGAGCGGGCCGAGGCCGACCGGCAGGAGCUGCAGGAGGAUCUGCGGCAGGAGCGGGAGGCGCGGGAGGAGCUGGAGCGCACCAUCAGCCAGCUCAAGCAGCAGAUGGCCCAGUCUGGCGGCGUGGGAGGCAGCCCCUCUCCUCCUCUCACCCCGUCCACCGGACCCCCAAACGCCCAUUCACCGUCCUCCUCCUCCUCCCCUUCCUCCUUCUCGGAGGCCCCAGUGGCUGGCCCCAAGUGACUGCAGCCCCUCCAGGCGCCGCCCUCCUGGUGACAAACACAUCAGCCUGAUGCAUCACAAGGAGCUUUUCUUCUUCUUCUUGUGCACUUCAACUUUUUAUGAUUAUGAUUAUCAUGAUUAUUCCUCCUUCAUUUGCUCCCUGUCCUCUCAACAAACAGUAUUUAAAGACUUUUUUUUAUUAUUAUUUUGGCAUGAUUUUUAAUUUAUAGGUUAUAAUGGACACAACCAGUGCUGCUUGAUCACGCUUUUAUUUUGUGGAGAGAAGCCUCUUGUUUUCUUCUUCUUCUUCUUCCACGACACACGCGUCAUCUACAACGGAGAAACACCUUUACUCUUUAUAAUAUAUAUCUAUAUAAGACUGCCUCAUGAGAAUAUGCCAAUGGUGAAGCGAGCACCCCUCCUCGACGUAGCGUAACCCCCCAGCCCCCCACCCCAUCUGAAGACCUCCCUCAUCCUCCUCAACACUGUGGCUUCCUCCCAGACAAGAAACACUGUGCUCCUUUUUUCCAAGAUGCUUCAUCGCUCCCUAUUACACUGUACCCCCCCCCCCCCCAACAAACCACCACCCACCUCUCUGUGACACCCCACCCCCCAGGACAGGUGGGGUGAUCCCAGGGUGGGUGGCCUGGACGCCAGCGGUUUUGUUGUGUGCCAUCAGAAUGGAGGCAGCUGUUGUUGUCCACAAUGGAACUGUAUGUGAGCACCCCCUCCCCACACUGCCACGGCACGUCCUGGUCCCCGCAGGGGGGGGGGUUUAGUGUGUUGUCCAUCCAGCUACAGGAAGAGAAGACUUUUUUUUUCUUUUUUUCACGGUGCCAGGCGGAAAGUGCUUUUUAUUGCCUCUAAAGAGAUCCCGAUCACCGCGUGUGCAUGUGCGCGUGCGCAUGUGUGUGUGUGUGUAAAUAAUGGUUUAAAUGACAAACUGAUUGGGGCGGGGCGUCCUUGGCUUUUCAAAUGUUUAUGCAUCUGUUGAGGGGAGAGGAAAAAAGUGCAAACCGAUAAGACAUUCCACUGUGCUCCAUCUCGCUCCUUCGAAAAAGUCACCCAAGGCGCCAAAACAAAAAACACCUUUAAUAAUAAUAACAAUAAUAAUAACGAUGAAAGAAGAUAUUUAACAUAUGAAGUGAAGAUUUCUAUGGACGUUUUUGUAAAUACAGUAGGCAUUAUUAAUAUAUGAGUUGUUGCUCUGUGACGUUACGUCACUUGGACCACAAACCCCAAAAGGCUUCCAAAGUUUUCAAGCCUUUCGCUUCUUUUCCUUUUCUUUGCAAAUUUGCAGGGUGGAAACCGGGAGGCUUUUUGCAGGGCAAAUGAGGAAAACAUCACACUUUUUCUUUUUUUGUAUUUCUUAUGCCCCUUUCCCGUUCUCUUUAAUGAAACUAUUCUACAUUCGUUCAUCCGCUGAGCAAAAUUGCAAUUUUUGGAAGGGGGAAGAAAAAAAAAAUAUAUAUAUAUAUAUAUAUAAUAUUUUUUUUUGCAUGUUUUGCUGCCUCUCGUGUUUGCGUCACAUAGUCACAAAAAUGAGUAAAAUAAUGAUGAGCGGCUGAGGCUUGCAGUACGUGCAUGAAACUGUGCAAGUUUUUGAUCAUUAUUGGAUCUGAGGAUGAUGAUGAUAAUGAUGAAAGUGUGUGUGUGUGUGUGUGUGUGUGUGUGUGUGUGUGUGUGUGUGUACUCUGGACACCACUGAAUUCACACCGAGUAUUUUUAUUGUCUUAAUUCAGCAGGAAAUAUCACUUGUCCCAUUUCAUUCCCCACACUGCAGUUUAGCAUUUUGUACACAAGGGGCUGCUGUUUAGGCCGCGAGUGGUGCACCACGUGAGAGUACGGUCAUGAAGGCGUGCAGGGCAUUUGCUUUUUUCUUUUCUUGUUGUUGCUGUUGCAUUUUGCAGUGUUAUGACAACUUGGAAAUGCUUUGUACAGACUUUUUACAGACGUGCAAAGGUCGCCCCACCCGAAUGAAAAGGACAUAUCCACCGCUUUAUCCUGGUCGCAGGUGGCACGUCUAUGCCUUGUCCUUCCCAGCAACAAUAGCUACAUUGUUGUUUUCCUUUCGUUUAUACACUUAUUGUAAGGAUAUUUUCCUAUAUAUAUAUAUAUAUAUAAAUAUAAAUAUAAAUAUAUUCAUGGCUUUGCUGAAAAGAAGCACCCAUCCCCCCACGCCCUCCUUUACUCCCACCCAAAUGCUGAAACAUGAAAGUGCAGUGUCUGUGUAUAGGACCAUUGCCAGUAACCAUGUGAUGACACUUUUGUUCUUUGCAUGAAUCGAGACACUGAUCUCCUACCUCAUGUUGUGAUAUGUAUAUAUAUAUAUGUAUAUAUAUAUAUGUGUAUAUAUAUAUAUAUAUAUAUAUAUAUAUAUAUAUAUAUAUAUAUAUAUAUAUACAGUAUAUAAUGAAGAGAAAAUGUUUUUUAAAUGCAGAGGACACUGCUAAUUCUAAACUGUCAGUCCUGGUGAAUAUGUACUACUCGUACAUGACAUACCUGUACAUGCUUUUGGCUAAUACCUCAGUUGUAUGUCGUGUUUUUUGUUUCUUUUCUGUUUUCUUUUCCUUCUUUCCCAGCAUUUCAUUUCAGAUCCUGUGAAUAGAGACCCUGUAUAGACGAUGAACUUGGAUGAAAUUCAAGUAAAGUUCUGUAGUGUUAA